AAGUAAUCCUCCUCCUCCUCCAGGGCCCGCCAUCAACUUGCUUACAGCAUCGGAUCUGUAACUGCUUACCUCAUUUCAAGUGUAUUUUGUGAUCAGCAACGAAGCUCGCUUUGUUCUCAAUUUUUGUCGAAACUAAGAGUGCUGUGCAAAGACACUACCUAAUUCUAUCACCAAUCCCCUUUCCUGUGAAUCAAUGCAGCCUGCACUUGCGCCAGCGCCGCAUCCAAGCAUGCAGACUUCUGCUCAGGAUCAUGCGGACCAGGUCCUCCAUGACCAGCUUUUAGCUGCUCAGCACCACCUGGGCGGUCGCCCCCAGGGUGCUCCGGGCCAGCAACAGCAUUUGCAGCCUAACAAUGCUAGCCCACGAGACCAGCCAAACAUUGACCCUGCUAUCUCAGGUGCCAUGCUCGGUGCUCCCCAAACCCCCACCCAACCCCAGGGUUCUCCCCCAUCUGACGGCGGCUCCAAGAGCUAUGGCAAGCGUGAGCUAUCCACUUCCAAGCGUGCUGCCCAGAACCGUGCUGCUCAGCGCGCAUUCCGCCAGCGCAAGGAAACCUACAUUCGCAAGCUCGAGGAAGAGGUCAAGAACAUCGACCCCCUCAAGGAGCAGGUCAAGUCCCUGGUGGGUGAGAACUACCAGCUGCGCGAAUACAUCAUCAACUUGCAAUCACGUCUUCUCGAAGCCCAGGGUGAAGUCCCUGAUUUGCCGCCCAACAUCGAUUUGACCCAGCCCCGCACCACUGAGAUGGCGCUUGCCUCUGCCGGAGUUCAGAACUCCAGCCCCUCGGGCUCGGUGCCCGCUCCGGGUCCUCAGGGUCAGCACCCCAGUUCUGUCUCUGAUGAUAUGAACUCUCUGAACCGCAUUGCUGCAGCAACACUUGGCAUGCGUAAGCACCCUGACGAUGCGACCUUCCUGAACAACAACAGCUUCCAGCAGAAUAAGCGGGUGCGCACGGAUGAUAACCAGGACGGAAAUGAUGGUGUGAACAAGCAGGAGGUUUCGCAUGGUCUCCCUAUGGUCAACUAAUCGCCAUGCUAUUUUCAUCACCAUCUUGAUUGCCUACGUUCUGCGAUCACCUUUCGAUACCCGCGUCUGUGUCUUUUAUUUGCUUAUGCCUUAUUCUGCUUUGGUGUUACGUUAUGCUUGACGACACUUGCCAUAUUUUAUCUCGCCUGUUCUGCUGGAUCUCCUGUGCCUUUUUCCUUUACUGUUAUGUCAUGUUCCCCCUUCGCGUAAUGGUGUGUGGCGCAGUGAGUGAUUCCAUCCUCUUGAUUUCGGAUUCGCGAUUCGGCGGUGUUUUGAGAUUUCUUACCUCCAUUGUGGCAGAUUGAUGGAAGGAGUUUAUUGUUACCCCCGCGUUUGUUUCAUAAUUCAAUUCGAUCUAUGUAUCUGUCUACUUGU